CGGCGGCGAGGUAGCGUUCGUCGUUGUGUAGUCGUACACAUACGUGUAUGUACGAGUGCGCGAGGGUAUAUACCGAGCGGACCACGAGCCACACACGAGAGCGACGGCAGUUGACGGCAGUUGACGGCACACGACGUCCGACGAGAGGCCAGGCCGCACGGAGCACGGAGCGAGAGAGCGUCGUCGCCGCGACGGUUGUUGAUGUCGAACUUCCGCGGCGUUUCCGCGCGAUCGUGAGAAACAGGUGAAGUGAAGGGUGACCAGACGGAGGAGGAGUAGGAGGAGGAGGAGGACAAGCGCGUCGCUGGUCGCCGUCGCGGGAACGCGAGCACCGCGCGCGAGGCGUCCUCUCGUCGUCGCCGUUGUGUCGUGAUCGUGAUUCCGUGAUUGUCGUGCUUGUGUUCUCGCUGUCAUCGUCCUCGGCGCCGAGAAGCGGACCCGCUGGAGAAUGGCGUCGGACGAGGAGGUGGACGAGAAUUACGCAGGAGAGGAUGACAUGGAAGAAACUGGAGGGCAGAUAUCGACUGUUGGCCAGCAAGUAGAUGGGUCAUCUGAUGCGGAGGAAUCUCAAAGACUAGAAGAAGAUGACGAUUACGAGCCAGAAGAGCGAAAGAAGAAGAAGGGAAAGAAGCGGAAAGCACGUAGCGAAGAUAAAAAGGGGAAGAAAAAGAAGAAAAAGAAAAAAUCUGAUUCUGGGGAUGAGAGUGAUUUCGGUGGUGGCGGUGAAGCGGGUGACGCGGCUGGCGAGGAUAGCGACUACGCGGUCAACAGAAAGAGCAGAAAAUCAUCGUCUAGAAAAUCCUCCAGCCAUAAUACACCAACCACUCAGAGCCAGGAACCUACGACAGGCAUGCCCACGAUUGAAGAAGUGUGCAAUACAUUUGGCUUAACAGACGUACAAAUUGAAUAUUCCGACGCUGAUUUCCAGAACUUAACGACGUACAAGCUAUUCCAACAACACGUCAGACCGCUUUUGGCGAAAGAAAAUCCAAAAGUUCCAAUGUCAAAACUUAUGAUGUUGGUGGCAGCCAAGUGGCGCGAUUUCUCCGAAUUAAAUCCACAUACGCAGCCAGACGCGGAUGUUUCAUCCACGAAUGUAGAUGAUGACAGUAGAAAUGCUAGAACAAAUCGAAGUGGUGCUAUACAAGAAGCCGAAGACGAGGAGGAAGACGAUGAGGACAGCGACAGAAAGAGAAAAUCGCGAGGUUCAAGAGCGAAGAAAGGGAAAAAGGCGUCGAAAGUACCAACGCUUAAGAUCAAGCUUGGAAAACGUAAAAGAGGCAGUUCGGACGAGGAAGCGGAAGGUAGUGCUGCUGGUUCUGCGGCGGACUCGGAUAUGGAGUUCGAGCAAAUGUUGGCUGACGCGGAGGAAACUCCUGGUGCUGAGGGUAACAAAGGCAACGUAGAAGAGAGUGGGGUAGAACCACCAGCUGAGCCGCCGGUUCGCAGAAAGGCGAAAACCAAAAUCGGCAACAAAACCAAGAAAAAGAAGAAGACAAAAACAACUUCCAAGUUCCCGGAUGGAGAGGAAGGUCUCCAGACUGACCACCAGGAUUACUGUGAAGUAUGUCAACAAGGCGGCGAGAUUAUAUUGUGCGACACAUGUCCCAGAGCAUACCAUUUAGUAUGCUUAGAGCCCGAAAUGGAGGAAACACCCGAAGGAAAAUGGAGUUGUGCUCAUUGCGAAGGAGAAGGUAUUGCAGGCGCAGCGGAAGAUGACGAUGAACAUAUGGAAUUCUGUAGAGUGUGCAAGGAUGGCGGAGAAUUACUGUGCUGCGACAGUUGCACAAGCGCGUAUCACACGCAUUGUCUAAAUCCUCCUCUAUCGGAGAUUCCUGAUGGCGAUUGGAAGUGUCCUAGAUGCUCUUGCCCACCAUUAAGAGGAAGAGUGGCAAAGAUAUUAACCUGGAGAUGGAAAGAGUGCUCAGAUACUCCAUCGGAGGAACCUUCCACAAGCAAGGCUGCACCUAAGCAAAGGAAAAUGCGUGAAUUCUUUGUUAAGUGGGCAGAUAUGUCUUACUGGCAUUGCGAUUGGAUAACAGAACUGCAACUUGACGUUUUUCAUCCUCUUAUGUACAGGAAUUAUUAUCGUAAGUAUGAUAUGGAUGAACCACCAAAGUUGGAGGAACCAUUGGAUGAAAGCGAUUCUCGUGUGAAACGUUUGAAAGAGCAAGACGGUGCCACCAACAGAGACGAUUAUAAUUUGGAGGAACGUUUCUAUCGUUAUGGUGUGCGUCCAGAGUGGCUGGUGGUUCACAGGGUGAUUAAUCAUCGAUUGCAAAGAGAUGGCAGGGCCACGUAUCUUGUGAAGUGGAGAGAACUCGGUUACGAUCAAGCGACAUGGGAAGACGAACACGAGGAUAUCCCUGGUUUGAAACAGGCUAUAGAAUAUUACUUAGAUCUCAGAGCCGCGAACUGUUGUGAUGUUAGUACGUCGCGUAAAGGGAAAAAAGGUAAAGGCAAGAAAUCGAAAACACGCGAGUUGAUUGACGACGAGGAGAGGACUCCGAAACGAUACACGCCGCCGCCGGAUAAACCUACGACGGAUCUCAAAAAGAAAUAUGAGAGACAGCCGGAAUAUUUGGAUCAGACCGGAAUGCAAUUGCAUCAUUAUCAGUUAGAGGGUUUAAAUUGGUUGAGAUACUCAUGGGGCCAAGGCAUAGAUACGAUUUUAGCCGACGAGAUGGGUCUGGGAAAGACCAUUCAGACUAUAACAUUCUUAUAUUCUUUGUACAAAGAAGGCCAUUGCAAAGGGCCCUUUUUGGUCUCCGUUCCCUUGUCUACCAUCAUCAAUUGGGAACGUGAAUUCGAGACUUGGGCACCUGACUUUUAUUGUGUUACUUAUGUGGGUGACAAAGAUAGCCGUAUUGUGAUUCGUGAAAACGAAUUGUCAUUCGAAGAAGGUGCCGUGCGUAGCGGACGCGCCUCUAAAAUCCGAUCAUCCUCGAUUAAGUUUAAUGUCUUACUUACAAGUUAUGAACUUAUCUCGAUAGAUUCGGCAUGUUUAGGCUCUAUUGAUUGGGCCGUUUUAGUCGUAGACGAAGCUCACAGAUUGAAGUCUAAUCAAUCGAAAUUCUUUAGAUUACUAGCUUCUUACAAUAUUGCAUACAAACUUUUGCUAACUGGUACUCCAUUACAAAAUAAUUUGGAGGAACUGUUCCACUUGUUGAAUUUCUUAUGUCGCGACAAAUUCAACGAUCUGGCAGCGUUCCAAAACGAAUUUGCGGAUAUUUCAAAGGAAGAGCAAGUUAAGAAGCUGCACGAAAUGCUUGGUCCGCAUAUGUUGAGGAGAUUAAAAGCUGAUGUAUUGAAGAACAUGCCUAGCAAGUCUGAAUUUAUUGUACGUGUCGAAUUAUCGCCAAUGCAGAAGAAAUAUUACAAAUACAUAUUAACGAGGAACUUCGAAGCUCUCAAUCCGAAAGGAGGUGGUCAGCAAGUGUCGUUGUUAAAUAUAAUGAUGGAUCUCAAGAAAUGCUGCAAUCACCCGUACUUGUUCCCCGCUGCGUCGCAAGAAGCACCGACUGGACCAAACGGAAGUUAUGAGACAUCAGCUUUAAUUAAAGCAGCAGGAAAAUUGGUUCUGUUGAGUAAAAUGCUCAAGAAACUGCGAGACGACGGACAUCGAGUUCUCAUAUUUUCUCAAAUGACCAAGAUGUUAGAUAUCCUCGAAGAUUAUUUGGAGGGUGAGGGAUACAAAUAUGAAAGAAUAGACGGCAAUAUAACGGGUGCGCAGCGUCAAGAAGCUAUCGAUAGAUUUAACGCUCCUGGUGCACAACAAUUCGUCUUCUUGCUUUCUACGCGUGCUGGUGGUUUAGGUAUUAACUUAGCAACGGCAGAUACUGUGAUUAUUUACGAUUCCGAUUGGAAUCCACACAACGACAUUCAAGCGUUCAGCAGAGCUCAUAGGAUAGGUCAGGCCAACAAAGUUAUGAUCUACCGAUUCGUCACCCGUAAUUCUGUGGAAGAAAGGGUAACGCAAGUAGCUAAGCGUAAAAUGAUGCUCACUCAUUUGGUUGUGCGACCAGGCAUGGGUGGCAAGGGCGCCAACUUCAGUAAACAAGAGCUUGAUGAUAUUUUACGUUUUGGUACGGAGGAAUUGUUCAAGGAAGAAGAGGGCAAGGAAGACGAAGCUAUACAUUACGACGACAAAGCUGUCGCCGAAUUAUUGGACCGAAGUAAGGAGGGUAUUGAGCAGAAGGAAAACUGGGCUAACGAGUACUUAAGUUCCUUCAAGGUUGCUUCAUACGUAACAAAGGAAGGUGAAACAGAGGAAGAAGCAGAUACAGAGAUAAUUAAACAAGAAGCGGAAAAUACAGAUCCGGCGUAUUGGAUCAAAUUGCUUAGACAUCAUUACGAGCAACAACAGGAAGAUAUCGCUAGAACACUUGGAAAAGGCAAACGAGUACGAAAACAAGUUAAUUACACGGAUGGAGGUGUAACCGGCGACCAAGGCGCAAGAGAUGAUCAGCCGUGGCAGGAGAAUCUGUCGGAUUAUAAUAGCGAUUUUAGCGCGCCCAGUGACGAUGACAAGGAGGACGAUGAUUUCGAUGAAAAAGGUGACGGGGACUUGUUGUCUCGCAGAAGCAGACGAAGACUGGAGAGACGUGAUGAAAAAGAUAGACCUCUGCCACCUCUACUUGCCAGAGUAAAUGGAAAUAUUGAGGUACUAGGUUUUAAUGCCAGACAACGGAAAGCAUUCCUCAACGCAAUUAUGCGUUAUGGAAUGCCACCUCAAGACGCUUUCAACUCUCAAUGGUUGGUGCGCGAUCUGCGUGGCAAGUCCGAAAAGAAUUUCAAAGCCUACGUUUCUCUCUUCAUGCGACACCUCUGCGAACCAGGCGCUGAUAAUGCGGAAACAUUCGCGGAUGGUGUCCCAAGAGAAGGUCUUAGUCGACAGCAUGUAUUAACUAGAAUCGGCGUCAUGUCCUUGAUUAGGAAGAAGGUACAGGAAUUUGAACACAUCAACGGCUAUUAUUCAAUGCCGGAAAUGAUACGCAAACCAGUAGAACCCGUCAAGGUUGGAGAGGGAGUUGGAGAUGCAGCGACUGGCACUAGUAGCACUAGUGCUACCCCAGCUACUUCAAAUGCUCCUAGCCCUAGUCCUGCUGCCACACCAACUCCGACUUCUACCUCUACGAACAACGAGACUAAUAAAGCGAAUUCUGAUUCAUCUGAAGUUAAAGAAAUUAAGGAUGAAUCAAAGGAUAAAGAGACUGGCGAUGCGAAAGAUUCAAAGGAAGAUCCAAAGAGUUCUAAAGAGGACGAGGAAGUGAGUUCCGAGAAAGACAAGGAGAAGGAGGACUCUAAAAAGGAAGAGAAAGACGUUGAAAUGGAGACCGCAGACAAGGAGAAGGAUAAAUCUGAUAUAAAGGACGAGAAAGCUGUAGCGAAGCAUGAUGAUAAAGUGGAGAAUAGCGAGAAUAAGAAAGCUGAACCAGAAGAAGAUGUUGUUAUCGUUAAAGAUGACGAAGAAGAAGCGGAGAAGCGAGACGAAAAGGAUAACAAAGAAAAGGAUGUCAAGGACUCUGAUCCAGAAGUGAUGAAGCCAAAACGCAAAUUCAUGUUUAACAUAGCCGAUGGUGGUUUCACGGAGUUGCAUACGCUUUGGCUGAAUGAAGAAAAGGCUGCAGUACCAGGCCGCGAAUAUGAUAUUUGGCAUCGCAGACACGAUUAUUGGCUCUUGGCUGGUAUUGUCACGCAUGGUUAUGGACGCUGGCAAGACAUCCAAAAUGAUAUUCGUUUUGCAAUUAUCAACGAACCAUUCAAGAUGGAUAUGGGAAAAGGCAACUUUUUGGAGAUAAAGAAUAAAUUCUUGGCAAGACGUUUUAAGCUCUUGGAACAAGCUUUAGUGAUUGAAGAACAGUUAAGACGGGCUGCCUACUUGAAUCUCACCCAGGAUCCUAAUCAUCCUGCCAUGAGUCUUAAUGCGCGAUUCGCCGAGGUUGAAUGUCUCGCCGAAUCCCAUCAGCAUCUUAGCAAGGAGAGCCUUGCUGGAAAUAAACCGGCGAAUGCGGUGUUACAUAAGGUGUUAAAUCAAUUGGAAGAGUUGUUGUCUGAUAUGAAAUCAGACGUGAGUCGAUUGCCAGCAACUCUUGCCCGCAUCCCACCAGUCGCUCAGAGACUCCAGAUGUCGGAGAGGUCAAUAUUGAGUCGUCUAGCAGCCACGGCACCCGGUGGUACAAGUUCUCAGACUGGACAGGCUGCGUUAUUGGCACAGCAGUUCCCGGCCGGUUUCUCCGGAGGACAAUUGCCAGCUAGUUUCGCGGGCGCUGUUAAUUUCGGGAAUUUUAGACCACAAUACUCAGUUCCGGGACAACCACCGCAAGGUUUUACAGCCUGAAUGUUAAGUGUUGGAACACAGUGGCUCAAACAAGAACUCAAAGUAGCGCAAAUUGAACUGUCUCACGAGAAUCGUUUGCGCUGUAACAUUAUUUUUCGUAAAUUACAGUUUUUAGCUGAAUUUUUCUAGAAAAAGGAUAUGGAAGAGAUUUCCAGAUGAAAACGUAAUAUUUUACAAAUCGAAUUACAUUACUUCUGUAUUUAUUACGUGUACAUUCGGCAUCUAGAUUCAAGAUUUCACAUUCUCUGUAUUUAUACAUGCGUUCUUCGAUAGGAAACGACACAUAGGAUUAUUUUCUUAAGUUUUUUUUUUUAAGGAUUUGAUUUACAUCCUUUUAGCUCUUAAUGUAUUGCACGCAGUAAAACAAGUACAUUAUUUACUUAAGUCUAUUUAAGACCUUUUUAGUUUAUAAUGUCAAAUUUCUCCAUGUCGUCACUUAAGGUGCUCCGAUUCAAAUAAUCUGUCACUUGUAAUUUAUUCACGAAAUUUGCGACAAUAGGUUACGCGCGAGCGGUAAACUUUUAGAACAUCCACGAUACUUUAAGGCCUGCGGUUCAUUUCGAAUUGAAUACGUUCGCCACGGUGAACAACGGCAAUCACUUUACGCAUCAAGACUGACAUUCGGAUAAUGUAGCUGAGAAACUCUUACUGCAUGAUGCACUUUUGUAAUGCAUGGGUUGUAGAAUUCCGAUAUAAUGCGGAUUUCCUCCCUGAUAACUCCCUCGUUUCUGAUUUAAUCGUUAGUAUAUUGAAGAAAUAUCUCGCGUAAGCUUUUGAUGACAAGAAAGGAAAAAUGAGGGUCGCCUAAGGUAGAUUCUUUUACUUUCUCUUAAUUUUUAAUGUAUUUUUUUUUUAUUACUUAAGAAAGAAUAAGCCAGUUUUUCUCCUAAUGAGACUCCUACUGAGAGAGAGAGCGCAUCUUCUUUCUUUUGUAUCAUUGUAUUAAGAUUAAGGGAUAUUGCAUUUUGGCAUUCGAAAACAUAUAGGAACUGUCUUUUACUCUAUGUAUGCACGUAUGACAUCGGUGAUAUAUCUCUGUACAUAUGAUCGUAUUUAUAAAAAAGAACCAUCCGCGGUAAUUACAAUUCACGUAUAUCAGACUUUUGUAAAUUGUGUGAGACAUCCGUGUGCCCCAUGCAUUACUGUAAAGUGGACUAAUGCAAUCGCAACAAGAUUCCGACGAUCUUAAGUAAGUGGUAUCGCGUAUCGAUCAGUCUUUUCUAUCCUGUUUCAAAAACCAGAACUAAUUUAAUUUUCCGUUUUUAUAACAAACUCGCCAAAUCACUGCUUUUGGCAUAUCUAAAUUUUCAAGAUCAUUUUAGAAUUUAGCUAUGAAAUUUGAAAGGCGAUUUGUGAGGAAAAGCGGAUGGAGUGAAUGGAAUAUUAUUAAAAAGAAAAAAAAAACCGUUUGUGUAUGUACUAGAUCUACUGGAAUAAAUUAAUAAUAAUUAGA